GUCUUGUCAGAUAUACACGUCAGUAAGCUAAAUGAAAAAAAUGAUGUUAGAAUUUAGCAUUAUUUGGUUUGAUCUCAACCUAGUAAAAAUGAUAUUGUGGUUACUUUUAGGGACUUUCAAUUUAAUGCAAUGUCAAGCCAUUACUGACCUACAAAUUCGACUAAGACAUGGAGAAAACAGAUUCGAGGGAACAGUGGAAGUGUUUUAUAACAACACAUGGGGAUAUGUCUGCGAUGAUGAUUGGACCCAACUUGAAGCCGAAGUGGUCUGUCACAUGUUGAGUUAUCAAAGAUCUGGCGCCAAAGCGUUGAGAGACAAUGAAUUUCACUCGAACCACAUUUACGGCUAUCUCCUUGACCAAGUCUCCUGUCAAGCAAAUAAGUCGACCUUAGAUGAUUGUUCUCAUUCUGCCUGGGGUAAACAUGACUGUAACCCCACGGAGAAGGCGGGUGUCAUUUGUGCUAGCGCAUGUUCCUGGCCAUGUUCUGAAACUGGUUGUGACUCUAAAACUGGACUUUGCGUGUCAUGUAUACCAGGCUACGAAGGUGACUUUUGCAACAUAACCAUUAAUGACCUACAAAUUCGACUAAGAGAUGGACAAAACAGAUUCGAGGGAACAGUGGAAGUGUUUUAUAACAACACAUGGGGAUAUGUCUGUGAUGAUAAAUGGUCCCAACUUGAUGCCGAAGUGGUCUGUCACAUGUUGGGUUAUCAAAGAUCUGGCGCCAAAGAUGUGGGAACGAAUAGAUUUAAUUCUAACCACUUAUACGACUUUCUACUCGACGAAGUCUCCUGUCAAGCUAAUGAGUCGACCUUAGACAGCUGUUCUCAUUCUGCAUGGGGUAAACAUGACUGUAAACCCUCUGAGAAAGCGGGUGUCAUUUGUGCUAACGCCUGUGAUGGAACACAUUUUGGACUAAAUUGCAAAGAAAAUUGUUCAUCUCAAUGUUCUAAAAGUGUUUGUGACUCUAAAACUGGACGUUGCAAGGAAUGUAUACCAGGCUAUAAAGGUCGAUUUUGCAACAUACCGAUUGAUCCUCUACCAAUACGACUAAGAGAUGGACAAAACAGAUUCGAGGGAACAGUGGAAGUGUUUUAUAACAACACAUGGGGAUAUGUCUGCGAUGAUGAUUGGUCCCAGAGUGCUGCCGAAGUGGUCUGUCACAUGUUGGGUUAUCAAAGAUCUGGCGCUGAAGCGGUGUGUAACAAUGAAUUUAAGUCAAACCAGUCUUACAACUAUUUACUCGACGACGUCUCCUGUCAGGCAAAUGUGUCGACAUUAAACGCUUGUUAUCAUUCAGAAUGGGGUCAACAUAACUGUUCGCCCAAGGAGAAGGCAGGAGUCAUUUGUGCUAACGAUUGUGACGAAACACAUUUUGAACUAAAUUGCAAAGAAAAUUGUUCUUCGCAAUGUUCUCAAACUGUUUGUGACUCUAAAACUGGACGUUGCAUUGAAUGUAUACCAGGCUUUGAAGGUGACUUUUGCGACAUACCCUGUAACGGAACAUACUUUGGACCAAAUUGCAAAGAAAAAUGUUCUACCCAAUGUUCUGAAACUGUUUGUGACUCUAAAACUGGAAGUUGCAUGGCAUGUAUACCAGGCUUUGAUGGUGACUUUUGCAACAUCUCAUGUGACGAAACACAUUUUGGACCAAAUUGUAAAGAAAAUUGUUCUUCCCAAUGUUCUCAAACUGUUUGUGACUCUAAAACUGGACGUUGCAUGACAUGUAUACGAGACUUUGAAGGUGAUUUUUGUAACAUCUGUAAGUACAGAAAGUAAUUUAUGUAAACGAAACUCAUGAAAUUAUAAAAACAUUUAAGU